CACAUUACAAGAAAAAACCAAAUAUUAAAAAAAAUGGGAAACUCUUUACGAUGCAUAUCGCAAGAACAAGAUCCAAACCAGAAGAAACCUAGUUCCGUCGUCAACGGUAAUAGCUCGGAGAAACACGUUCGGAGGCUGUCUCUAAUACCAUCUUUCCGACGCCGGACAUUACUUCCAUCUCUCUCUUGCUCUGGAUCCUCAACUUCGUCGACGUCCAAGAAAGGAGGGGUCAAGACAAAGAAGAAGAUCAGAGAAAGACACCACCAAGAGCAUCAUCAUGAUCACGAGAAAGACUCUCUAAUUCAAGAACAAACCUUAGCCGCCACUAAUAUCCUCUUUAGUCAAACGCCUCGUAACAGCAACUCUGCUCCUCCUUUCCGACGCUCCACCUCUGUCGUUUACACUCAGCCACCUCAGGCCGCUGUAGCCGCCUCCGUAGGUUCCGUUUCCGGUGCCUUGACUCCUAAGAAAUCCACUUAUGGAUACGUUAGAAGCUCUAGCAAUAGGCAGAGAUCAAGCACCGAUCCUGUUCUUAAACCCAAUCAGCUCCUAGACAAGGCAAUCGACGCCGUUGACUUGACCGGUUCUGGUGUCAGCUCUUUCGAUACCAACAACAUCACUAGCCUCGCUCAAUACGUCAAGCCACUCCUCCACUUCUUCGACACCCUCAAACCCACCGAGAAGGUGAUAUUAGUGGGGCAUGAUUUUGGAGGGGCUUGUAUGUCUUAUGCCAUGGAGAUGUACCCUUCUAAGAUCUCGAAGGCUAUUUUCAUCUCUGCUGCUAUGUUGGCUAAUGCCCAAAGCACUCUUGAUCUCUUUAACCAACAGCCUGACUCAAAUUAUGAUCUGAUGGAACAAGUCCAUCUAUUUCUGUACGCCAACGGCAAAAAGAACCCUCCAACAGCCGUCGAUUUCGACAGAUCAUUGCUUAGAGACUUUUUCUUUAAUCAGAGCCCUCCAAAGGACGUUGCAUUAGCGUCGGUAUCUAUGAGACCAAUCCCAUUCGCGCCAGUGGUCGAAAAGCUUCACGUGUCGGAGAAAAACUAUGGUUCAAUCCGACGGUUCUACAUCAAAACCAUGGAGGAUGAUUACGCUGUACCGGUUUCUCUACAAGAUGCAAUGAUCAAAUCGAAUCCUCCUGAACAAGUUUUCAAUCUCAAAGGCUCUGAUCAUGCACCAUUCUUCUCUCGUCCUCAGUCUUUGAACCGAAUACUCGUCGAGAUUUCUCAAUUACCUCCCAAGAAAUCUUCUUGAUCAAUGUUACCGGUUAUGUAAACCGAACCGGACAUAGGAUCCUGUAAACAUAAAGUUAGAGAUUGUCG